AUGGUCGUGAUCAUUGUCGAGCGUUGGUUGCGCGUCCCGGUUCGCAAUGACCCUUUCAACUAUCUUGUAGCCCUCGACCUGCUCCCGAGACAUCAUCCAGCAGCACUUAAACAACGAACCAUCUCAAACUCACUCGAACUCUCCACCACCAGUCGAUCUUCACCAGAAUCCAAAACCCUCACCAGUCACUAUCUCUCCACCCCUCAGAUCCUCCAGCAAUACCCCUCAGCCUCGACCAGCGCCCAUCUAUCACCCACCUCGGGCACGCUUCCGUUUACCCAAAACAUGCCUGGCCGAUCUCGCCGUCAGCUGGGCGAGUACACCCUGGGCAAGACCCUUGGUGCGGGUAGCAUGGGCAAGGUCAAACUGGCCAUCUCCUCGAUCACCGGCGAGAAGAUCGCCAUCAAGAUCAUUCCCCGUCACACAUCUCUCUCUGCCGCGCAACAACAGAUCGAUAAGGAGAAGAAUAAGGAAAAUCACUCCGGAACUUCCUCCGCAAGAGAUCACGGCAAAGACUCUAAAUCUCAACCGAUCACCCCCAGCCCGAGCUUCAUCGAGAAGGCUAAAAAUAAGGAUAUUAGCAAGGAGAUCCGUACCAUCCGAGAAGCUAGUAUUGUGCUCUUGCUCCACCAUCCUUAUGUCUGUGGAAUGAAGAGCAUGCUUGUCUAUCCGCAUCACUACUACAUGCUAUUUGAAUAUGUCAAUGGAGGCCAAAUGUUAGACUAUAUCAUUUCGCAUGGUCGCUUGAGGGAACGAGCUGCCAGAAAAUUUGCCAGGCAGAUGGGCAGUGCACUUGAAUACUGCCAUGCCAAUUCCAUCGUACACCGGGAUUUGAAGAUCGAGAAUAUCCUAAUCUCCAAGACCGGGAACAUCAAGAUCAUAGACUUUGGCCUCUCUAACCUCUUCUCUCCCAAUUCAAAUCUCCAAACGUUCUGUGGAUCACUUUAUUUUGCUGCUCCCGAACUUUUGAACGCGAAAGUCUACAUCGGCCCCGAAGUGGAUGUGUGGAGCUUUGGGAUCGUCUUGUUUGUCUUGGUUUGCGGCAAAGUCCCGUUCGAUGAUCAGUCUAUGCCCGCCCUACACGCCAAGAUCAAGCGAGGGCAGGUGGACUACCCUACUUGGCUUAGCUCUGAAUGCAAGCAUUUGUUAUCCCGUAUGCUCGUCACCAAUCCAUCGAACCGAGCCACUCUUCAAGAGGUCGUCAAUCAUCCUUGGAUAGUCAAAGGAUACGAUGGUCCGCCUGACCCACACAUCCCACACCGUGAACCACUGCGACUCAACCAAAUCGAGCCCGAAGUAAUCAAAGGAAUGACUGGAUUCGAAUUUGGCACGGCCGAGAAGAUCGAAGCUGAUCUUCGCACGGUCUUGUCAAGCGAAAUGUACGUGAAAGUGUUGAAGAUUUACGAUGAUAAGCGGACAAACAGCACAAACGGAUCGUUAGAGCCGGUUUACAACGUCGUUCCCAGUGGCAGUAAUGUGUCGAUGUCUCCGGUCAACGGCAAAGGACGAGAUUCAAAGAACGAUAAAGAGUCCAACAGAACUCCCAGCAAAUCAUCCAAGCGGUUUUCUGGAUUUGGCUUUUACAGCAAGAAGAUGGCUGGCGGUCUAGCUGCUGUACUGAAUACCGUGGGAGGGUCUAAAAACGAGGACAAAUCCCAUCCGGACCCCCACUCUUCAAUCUCAAACGGCUUUGAAUCCGUCCUUUUGAAUGGUCAAACGCUCGACUCCUUGGACCCCACCCGAGGUUUUCACCCAUUGAUUUCGAUCUACUUUCUUGUCCGAGAGAAAAUCGAACGUGAAAGAAUCUAUGGCCCCGGGGUCUUUGCCUCGUCUACGUUGUCUGUCACUGGGCCACCUCCACCCCCAGUACCACCUUCUGCAUACAGGAGUGAACUGGGCUCUCAUGGGCAACAGUUAGCCAGCCCGCUACCGACUGCUAACGAACUCGCUGCUGUCCCUGCCGCUCGAUUGCCUAACAAGAAUCGCAACACGAUGGCCGGAAGUGAAUUGGACGGCAAGCAGCGAGAUCAAGCCGCACUCCUUCUUGACAUACACCAGAAAGGCGCAACCAAGGAGCGCAACGGGCUGAUGUCGAUCAGACCCAACACUGCCACCGAUCGUAUGGUUUCUACCCCAUUACCCUCUUCCCCAACCUCACCCUCCCAGACGGCCGAAUUCGCUCCAAGCCGGGCCAAGGUUCCCAUCAAUCCCUCUAAGAGGCGUAGUGUUCACGUCAUGACCGCCCCCGAAUCUAGUGGCGUUCUGCAAGCGAUGACUGACGUGAUCCCUGUCCAACGACCCCCAGAUUCGACUGGCAAUGGUUCCAACACACGCUCUGAGCGGGUAGUCAGUAUGGUCGAGCCUGGCAACACUGGCCCCUCGGAUUCUGAACGUUCGCCCUCGGGCUUUGCCAGACGAUUUGGCUCGCUAUUGGGACGUUCCGCAUCAGUCAACGAUCCUGAUUACAAAAGACAUCGUCCCCGAAGUAGUAUCGGGCUAGGGCAUAAAUCGAGUAGCAAAACUCCGCUGAGCGCCCUGCCACAAGUCACGGAAUCCACCGGCCUAUCGCCCCCGUUCAGCCCAGGUGGUCUACAGGCCCAACAGCAAACAGCUGCGCAAGACUUUGACGAUCUCCCCACAGAUGUGAUCCCAUUGAGUGCUCCGAUCAGCGGCCAAUCCGGGCCGAUGGCUACGUUCGGAGCCAAAUCUGACUUGGACGCUAAUCUCUCUUCUCGGACUCGUCAACAUCACCGGGGAUCAUCGACGGGUGGCGAAGCUGGAUACAAGGAAACGCCAGCCAACGAGGGAGAAGGCAAAGUGGCACUCAAAUCGAGCUCGAGUGGCCCCAGUUGGAGACCUCGUCUGAGCUCACUCGGAGGCAAGGCCAAGCGCCCUACCACCCCGUCUACCAACCCGGCCACUAACGUGCUCUCCGAGAGCGAGGGCGAGCCUAACACCCUCGAUGAAGACGCCGACGUCCAGCCUCUCGAGAUCGGCUCGCCCGAUAGCACCUUGCCCAAGCAGACUGCUCCCCUUGUCGCUUUCUCCGGUCGCACUGCGCCACCCUCCUCCAAGUCGAGCGACAAGAUCAAGCCGAUCUAUCUCAAGGGUUUGUUUUCGGUAGCUACGACGUCUACCCGUGGUCCGCAAGUGCUCCGGGCGGAUCUGGUGACGGUCCUGAACCGGAUCGGCUUCCAACACCGGGAGAUCAAGGGAGGGUUUGAAUGUGCGCAUGCGCCCAGCAUCGAUCUAUCAAACUAUGGGGGCGGGUCCAGCGGCUUGAACACGACCACGGGUGCUGGUGGUGGGGCUGAGAGCCUCCAGCCGCUGUCUUCCCCCCUGAGUCGGAGCAAUAAGAAGGCGGCUGAGUCGUUGAAGAAGAAGGUAUCUAAAGCUUCGUUCGGUAAACACCCUGCCCUGAAUGAUAACCAACGGCUUAAGGUUAAUGGUUCUACUACCACUGCCACCACUGCCACCACUCAUCCGGGCCCGGAUGGUCGCUCGGAACCCUCGUUGAAUGGCGGGAGUCAGACUGGCACUCCGUCGCUUGCAGGGACUGAAACUGUGGUGCUCGGAGGCGGGCCUGCAACGGCACCCACGCCGAUCGUUGGCGCGGCGUCGAAUGAAUUAGGCGAGCUGGCUGCUGGGGGUAGCGGAGCUAAUGGCACACGGACUAUCACUGCAUCGUCGUCGAAAUCGGAGAAGCCUGCCUCGUCCUCUGCUGCGUCUAAACAUCAUCGCACGUUCAACCAGCAUCGUAAUCCGGUCAAGAAAAUUGACCUUGUCGUCCGCUUCGAGAUCUUUAUCGUUAAAAUGCCCUUGCUCCCAGGCAUCUCCGGCUUGCAGUUUCGCAGAAUUUCGGGUAACGCUUGGCAGUACCAAACUUUUGCUCGUCGGAUUCUGCAGGAACUCAAACUUUGA